GACGCGCGGCGGCGGCGGCGGCGCUGACGAUGAGUUUUCUUGGAGGAUUUUUUGGUCCCAUUUGUGAGAUCGAUGUUGUCCUUAAUGAUGGGGAAACCAGGAAAAUGGCAGAAAUGAAAACUGAAGAUGGCAAAGUAGAAAAACACUAUCUUUUCUAUGAUGGAGAAUCUGUUUCAGGGAAGGUAAACCUAGCCUUUAAGCAACCUGGAAAGAGGCUAGAGCACCAAGGAAUUAGAAUUGAAUUUGUAGGUCAAAUUGAACUUUUCAAUGACAAGAGUAAUACUCACGAAUUUGUAAACCUAGUGAAAGAACUAGCCUUACCUGGAGAAUUGACUCAGAGCAGAAGUUAUGAUUUUGAAUUUAUGCAAGUUGAAAAGCCAUAUGAAUCUUACAUUGGUGCCAAUGUCCGCUUAAGAUAUUUCCUUAAAGUGACAAUUGUAAGAAGACUGACAGACUUGGUAAAAGAAUAUGAUCUUAUUGUUCACCAGCUUGCUACCUAUCCUGAUGUCAACAACUCUAUUAAGAUGGAAGUGGGCAUUGAAGAUUGUCUACACAUAGAAUUUGAAUAUAAUAAAUCAAAGUAUCAUUUAAAGGAUGUGAUUGUUGGAAAAAUUUACUUCUUAUUAGUAAGAAUAAAAAUCCAACAUAUGGAGUUACAACUGAUUAAAAAAGAGAUCACGGGAAUUGGACCGAGUACCACAACAGAAACAGAAACAAUCGCUAAAUAUGAAAUAAUGGAUGGUGCACCAGUAAAAGGUGAAUCAAUUCCAAUAAGACUUUUUUUAGCGGGGUAUGACCCAACUCCAACAAUGAGAGAUGUGAACAAAAAAUUCUCAGUAAGGUACUUUUUGAAUCUAGUCCUUGUUGAUGAGGAAGACAGAAGGUACUUCAAGCAGCAGGAGAUCAUUUUGUGGAGAAAAGCUCCUGAAAAACUGAGGAAACAGAGAACAAACUUUCACCAGCGAUUUGAAUCGCCAGAAUCACAGGCAUCUGCUGAGCAGCCUGAAAUGUGAACUGAAUAGGAGGAAAAAAAAACUAAAAAGCUCCCUUAUCCGUUGAGAUUUUAAGUUCGGCAGGUUAAAGAUGGUUGCAGCGUGCAGGGUGGGGAAAAGGCCAAAACUCCAUUUAUGAUAAUCUUCCUUUAUCUUACAGUGCUGAAUUUAUUUUAUGACAUAACUAAAUGUUCUUCAUGUAUAUACUUUUAAAAAAGUGCUUUCUUUGAAACACUGGAACUUUCUUAAACUGCCGUGUUUUUUUUUUUUAACUGCACACUUUGAUUUGAUGAUAAGUACUCAGAUAUACAUCAGCAUAAACAUUAAAGAUUUUCAUGUUGAGUAGGUUGGUAUUUGUAAUUUUGCUUUCUUUCUGCAUAAUGUUGAUUACAGAUUCUUUUCUUCUUUUUCAUGCUAAUGAUUACCUCUUAUUCUCUACAUGCAAAAAUUAAACAUUUUGUGUUCAAAUAAAAUUAGAAAACCUGAGGGGCCCUUACAUCCUACAAAGAUUUAAAACAUGGCAUCUCAAUAUUUUCGAAAACUGCAUUUAUGUGUUUCAUAUGUGUUUGAGAAAUGCAUGUGAGUGUUUCGCUGUAGGUGCCUCUGAGUCUACCAUUCAGUGGCUUCCUGAAUUUUGUUCUCUUCAAUGUUUUCUGUGGCAUGAAUAUUAAAAUUUUUUCC